AGCAGGCUGGCCGACAGACUUUGGCUGUGUUCUGUGGGAGGAGUCACAGGGAGGCUGUUUACAUCCAUUCAGCUUUAAACAGAUACUCAGGAUUAGUUCAGAACUGGAAAGGAUUACUCUAGUGUGGAGGACAAGACCUGCAAGAUGCACUGCUAUGAGAGCGUGGUGAACUAUCUGAGCAGUGGGAUGCUGCUGGCAGGACUUCUUCACCUGAUCCUCCACAGGAAGGCACAGGCCUCCUAUGGACGCUACAUGAAACCCACCACUCCGACUAGAAUGGUCCCUGCCAGAGUUGCCUGGUUCCUGCAGGAGAUGCCAGCUUUUCUGAUGCCCCUGCUGCUGAUGCACUUUUCACAGCAAUAUUCUACCACGGGCAGGGCCAUAUUGCUGAAGACCUUCUGUCUGCACUAUUUCCACAGGUCAUUUGUGUAUUCCCUGCUGACCAGAGGACAGCCUUUCCCCCUGAGUGUGAUGGCCACAGCUGGUUCAUUCUGCUUGUUGAACGGUUUUCUGCAGGGUCACUAUCUGCUGCACUGUGCCCAGUUCGAUGAGGAAUGGUUAGUUAGUUAUCGCUAUACAAUUGGCUUAGUGGUGUUUUACAUUGGGAUGGCCAUUAAUGUACACAGCGAUUACAUUCUACGCAACCUGAGGAAACCUAAAGAAAAGGUUUACAAAAUUCCAGCAGGAGGCCUAUUUGAAUAUGUGUCUGGUGCCAACUACUUUGGGGAACUGGUGGAGUGGUUUGGCUAUGCCAUAGUGACAUGGUCCCUUCCAGGAUUUUCGAUUGCUGUCUUUAGCCUCAGUUUUAUUGGACCAAGAGCCUAUUACCAUCACAAGUACCUACAAUAUUUUCAAAAGAUUAAUGAUCCCUGUUUUUGUGCUGUCGUUUAUUUUAUUCCUAAUUUCUCUUAUCUUCGUUACAGGUUUUACAAGGGACAUUUUAAAGAAUACCCCAGGUUUCGAAAGGCUUUGAUUCCAUUCAUCUUCUGAAACAUCCUCUCAUUACAUUUAGUUGGGGAACGGUUCCAGUUUUAGCUCUAGAACACCAAACGCAUGAUAUUUUAGACGCAUAUUUCUGAGAUCUCUCAUUUUAAGAUUGCUCUUUUUAAAGAUGUGCUGUUCUGAAGAAACCAGAGUACCCAGAGGGAACCCACACAUAAAUGAGGAAAGCAUGCAAACUAAAUGCACAAAGCCUGCAGACUGGGAUUAAAACCCAGAACUUUAUUGCCACAAUUUUCUCACCGUGUAGCCCUUGAUCUAUUCAUGCCUUGAAGAAAAAGAACACACUCUCCUCACCAGAGGGCAGAUGUGGCUCACUGGGUUGAGUAAUAACUUUGAAAUUGGAAUUUGUGAGUUCCAAGUCAAGUCAAGUCAAGUUUAUUUGUAUAAUACAUUUCAGCAACAAGACAGUUUAAAGAUCUUCACACCAUAAAAACAUAAUAAUGCAGGUUCCAGCUUCCUCCUGUCACAUGUUGAUGUUCCCCUGCUCAAGGCACUUAACCCCGAGUUGCCUACUUGUAUGCGAAUCAGUGUAUUCAAUUUCGUGCGUUGGAGAGUGUGACUAGAAGAAUAUGAUUUUUGUGCACUGCAGGGUUUUUAAACCAUUUUGAGUUUUCAAAAUGGUUUAAAAUCAGCACAUCAACUUCUGUGUAUCAUACAGGUGUUUGCUGCACCUGCAUUAAUGUGUUUGAGGCCUCUUCUAUUUUUAAGAAAGUUAAUGUUUUUCUCAAACUCAUUCUGCAUCACAUUGUAUCUAUGCUUGUUAUUUAGAUGGGGGAUCUAGUCAAGUGUCUCCAGCCCACCCUUUACAGCACAGUUGUCAAACUCCAGUCCUGGAGGGCCACUGCCCUGAAACCUUUAAAUUAACUUACCCUCUGCUGCACCACACCUGAAUAUAGUAAUUAGCUCAAUAGCAGGGCUCUGGAGAACUGAUCUACACAAGAUGGAGGUAAUUAAGCCAUUUCAUUCCAGUGUUGUGUGAUCAUUUAUGUGAUGAUGACAUUUGAUUAAAAAUAAUGUUUAUUGCUUAUUUAAUAACUGGAUACUGUUUGAUGUGUUUAUGGUGUAUAGCAUUUUGAACUGUCUUGCUAAAAUGUGAUGUUCAAAUAAACUUGACUUGACUUGAGUGGACUGGAAGAAAACUGUGGAGUAAAGGCAUUUAGUAUUUAUAUACAGGUCUUUUAUUGAUCAGUGGAUCAAAUGUUUUUUGGGGGUUUUUUUGAGAAAAUUCCAUCAUUUACUAUAUAUUAUAUGUGCCCUCAUCAAAACUGCAAUUUUAUUUAUUUUUUAAGAGAUAAAUGAUUAUUUAAUCAGAAUUUGACAUUUCUUUAGUAAAUAGUGAAUAUAUGUUUAAAAAAAUUAACAAAAAAAUUAUUUUAGAAGAAAAGUGGGAGUCUAUUUGAUGUUUCAUGAAACUGUUAAAGAUUUUUAAAGGUCGGUAAUAACCACUGCAAUUUACAAAAAAAGUUUGAUGUUCUGAUUAUCUGAGGCAGGAGUUUGCUCUGCCUCAGAGCAAACUCCUUCUUUAUCAGCUUAUUGAGCUUUUUCCACUGACUCUUUUGUCCUUUGCUCUGAUGCUGUUGUGAAGUAAAAAUUGUGUUAUUAUUUCUUUAAAGAAUUUUAUUUUAAUUCUUUAGUCAUUUAACACUAGUAUUGUUUAGUCUGUCAAACCGUGUAGGUCAAGGAGUCUUUAAAGAAGAGUUAACAAAUUCCUCCAUUAAAAUGUCACAAGCUAAGGCUACGUGCUGAGUGAACGUACAAAGUCUGAUAAGGUUCUUGUUAUGCAAAAUUGUUCCAUUAGUAAACCUGAUUUUUGGAAAUGCACCUAUUUUUGAACAAAAAUGUUUAUCAUCUGAACAAUUAACUUACCCUAAGAAUGGAUGUUGCAUUCUCUCUAUACCCUGUUAAGAGUGACUGUACAUUAACCUGUUCGACUGGAAUUGACUCUGGGCCAGGCAGUGACCACAUUGUAUAGAGUCCUAUAUAUUGUGAGAGCUUGCAGCUCCAAAUCAGAACUCAUUGUAGGUACAGCUGUUGUGCUGUGGUUACUGUGUGUUCUCCGUUUGCAAACGACUGAAAUAUAGAUUUUGCUCUUUGCCAUUUGCCAGUCUCAAGCCUGAUCUGGUACUACAGAUUAGAUAUUGUUUUUUUCCACACUGUUGCCCCAACAGAUGAUGACCAUGGAGAUUACACACUCCAAAACAGACUUAUAGGUCAUUUAACACUAGUAUUAAAUAACAAUUUAGGUCUGUUUUGGAGUGAGGGACUGAAGUGCACAAUAAAUGCAUACAAACUUCUGACCAGCAUUCCAAAUAUUCAAUUAUGCUCUGCUGAUCGCAAACAGUCCAUGAACAAAACUGUUCUGGGUUUAUGCACUUUUUAAAUUUUAUUUAAACUUAAAAACUAAUUUAUUGCAAAGGGAAAAUAAAUAUUGCCGUAACUGAUAUUAAAAAGUUGUCAUAUAUGGUGAUGCUGUGAACAGGAAGGAUCUUUGGUAGCGAUAUUGUAAUAAAGAUCAUUCUGAAGGCUGUCAUGACAAUGUACCACUGUAAUAUGUUCUGAAUGAGACCAUAAGUUGUUAACAAGCCCUGCUAAUCCACUUCAUUUGCUUUUGCUGCUCCUUUUUAUUUUUCUUUGUAACUUCCUGCUGAAGACCAACAUUCCCAAAGCAUGAUGGUUUCACCAUUUUGUUUAAAAGUGGGGAUGCUACAUUGAUGUGUAUUAAUUUACUGCCAGAGUGUUCUGCAUGUUGAAUAAUAAUAGUAAAAAUGUAAUUUACUGUUCACAUAACAUAAUAAUAAAAUGAAAAAAAUCACAAAAGA